AUGUUUGCGCAGCCCUACCACGCUUACUCGUCACACCUCCGGCUUUUUCCAAGCCAGCCAAGCCAGGCACUCAUCGCAUUGCAAUUACCAACUGAGGCUCGGUGCUCCUCCACUGGUGGAGGGUUAGAAUGCCAAACUGUGACGUCUUGUCCAUCCUCGGCUCCUUUCCAUGAAAAUAGGACUCUCUCUUUCCACAAGGAUAGGUUGAGGAAAACUGAUAUCUGA